UUUACGCUUGUUCAGUGGUGUGAAUGUGUUUCAUUAUGUACAUUUAUACAUACUUAGUUGUGCAAGUAAAAUAAAAAAUAAAUAAGGUGUACGAGUAAAAUAUUUCGUCGACGAGAAUAUCGAAGGGAAAAUUUCCGGAUAAUGGAGAAAACCUACGCAGCAGAUCAACCAAACGGUUCGCUGAAACUUCUGGAGAACCAGAAUGAUCCAGCAUCCAAAAAAACCUCGAAUACGACAAUGGCACCUCCACUAUUACCAUCGAAACGAAUACUUGUAGUGGUGGUGUUAUUUUUAAGCCUAGUCGUUUCUCAAAUCGUACGAAAUCAUAUUAACAUCACCGUUGUAGAGAUGACGUCCAAUAAAUCACUCGUCGAUAGCAAUAUUACAAUUCCACCAGAAUUUGAUUGGGAUUCGACGAGGGUCGCUUUGGUCAUAAGUAUGUUCGCGUACGGAGGCCUAUUCUCAUUUCUAGGCGGAUUCAUGGUGAAUUUUUUCGGAGGCUCAGUGAGCUGCGCUGUUUUUAUGGUGAUUUCUGGUAUCACCACUUUACUCCAUCCUUACGCGUUGAACGUGCAUUUUUACUACUUUUUGGCGUGUCGAUUCAUCACCGGAUUAUCACAGACAUUCCUGUAUGUGAGUGUUACCGAGAUGUAUUCACGAUGGUUUCCUCUGCAAGAAAGAUCAAAACUAGUAUCAUUCAGUUUCAACGGAUCGAACGUAGGCGUUGCGAUAGUUUACCCUUUCAGCGGAUACGUAGCUCACAGAUGGGGAUGGGAAACCGUAUUUUACGUUACUGGUACACUACCGCUGAUCAUGGCGGUAAUUUGCUUGCUCGCUGUAAAGAAUCAUCCAUCACAGGAUAAAUUCAUAUCAAAAGAAGAACGUGAAUACAUAAUCCAAGGAACUGACAAUAAUAAACUAACAAAAACUAAGCAUCCUUACAAUAAAAUUAUGACAUCCAGACCAGUUUGGUCGGUGUGUUGUCUAUCCUUCGUUUAUAUGUGGAUAGUUACUAAUUUAGGGGUUUGUUUGCCUCUAUACGUUAAAGAUCUGACUCAAAAGAAUACCGACGAAAUUGGUUGGAUAUCGGCCAUACCGAGCGUCGUUUAUACCCUAAUGUUUCCAAUCGUUGGACCACUGAUGGAUCACUUUAGCAAUCGCGGUAUCAUGUCGUUAACUCGGAUACACAAAAUCAUGGUUACUAUCGCCUUCACUUCUGCGACCAUUUUCUUUAUAGCUAGCACGUUUUUGUCAAAUUUUACUGUAACGUUGAGCUUUUUCGUCGUAAUUGAUAUUCUAAUGUCCACAGUGCCCUUGAUUUCCGAGAUCGUCGUUGUGAACGUAGCUCCCGAUCAUACCAGCAUUGUUGCCAGUUUGAUGUUUUUUUUCUUUUCACUAAGCGCUAUUCUCGCAGCAACAGUCAUCGGCCUUAUGACCUCACACCAUACAGUUCAAGAAUGGAAUAAUUGUUUUUAUUUAGCAUCGAUUGUUGCCAUCAUUGGGACAGUAAUAUUCGUAAAAUUUGGCUCGAGUAGAGCUCAAAAAUGGGCCUUAUCAUCGAAUGUGAAUGAAAAUAGACGACCGUCGCUUCUCGUAUACUUCUGAUUAUGGAUUCAAAUCGAAUAAUUCUUCGAUAUUAUAGUCAUCGAUGCUCAAUGUGCUGUUUUUGAUUGUCGCAAUCUUUAAUAAAACUUAAACAUAGGUACCAUUCUGUCCAUAUAAGAUAAGAGCGUGGUAGAGAAUGAGCUGGGUAAGGGCUGCUUGAAAAAUUCGAAUUUCUUUUCGAUGAAAUAUGAUUUUUUUUCCAACAGGCAACAAGACUAAAAUUAAAAUUUGCAUUGGACACAACCUUUGUGUUUUAUUUAAAAAUACAAAGAUCUAAAAUUUUUCAACACUAUUUUUUGCUUUAGAAAACAUCGAUCUGCUUUUGAUUUUUUUUUAGCGAUUUUUAUCUUUUUACUAAAAAUGAUUCCUUUUGGGCAGUGACGUGCACAUGUGUCUGAAAUUGCAAGGAUAUGAGCGCGGUGAAGAGAUACCACCACCCCCCCCCCCAAUUUGAAAAAUUAUCAGAA